AUGAGAGAGUGCAUUACGUAUUGCUGUAGCAGCCUUGUCCUCUGGGUGCUCGAAGUCCGGCUCCUCCUUAGCCUUGAGCCUGAUGCUCCUGCGCAGCUUGCGGGCACUGUCCUCGGCCCUCUUGCGCCUUGCACGUUUCUUGCGAGCAAGACUCACAUGCUCCUCGUCAGUGGGUGCGCCAACAGCCAAGCCAGGAGCCGCAUCCAGAGACACGGAACGGAAGCGAGCGCGCUGGCUGCAUCGUCAACUUGGGCGGCGACCUCAUCAACUGUGUUCUCCUGCAUCUCAGGGACUCCACCAAGGCAAGGCCAGAAUAGGAGGCUAAAUCUGAGUGCUUGCAGUGGCUCUGGUGGGAUAGGGAGGGGCACGCCUGCAGGAGAAGAGCAGAUUUUAGCAGAGCAGCAAGGGUCGGAGAAGCCUCCCCAAGCUUCGCUAAUCGCUAUGCAGCCCGUCAAGGUGUACGCCGACCGGCGGUCGCAACCCUCCCGAGCUGUCAUCAUCUUCUGCAGGGUGAACCAGAUCGAUUUCGAGGAGGUCACGGUGGAUCUGUUCAAGUCUCAGCACCUCACCCCCGAAUUCAAAAAAGUAAACCCCAUGGGACAGGUACCUGCAAUUGUUGAUGGAAGAUUCAAACUAUUUGAAAGUCAUGCUAUUUUGAGGUAUCUUGCAUCGGUGUUCCCUAGAGUUGCAGAUCACUGGUAUCCUGCUGACUUGUUCACUAGAGCUAAAAUUGAGUCAAUCUUGGAUUGGCAUCACACAAAUUUGCGUCGUGGUGCAGCAACCGUUGUACAGCACACUGCAUUGGCUCCCUUUCUUGGUCUUACGACAAGCCCUGAGGCUGUAGAACAAGCAGAGAAACUUCUAAUGCAGUCACUGGGGGUGAUUGAAUCGGUGUGGCUGAAAGGUGAUGCAAAGUUCUUGCUAGGUAACCCCCAGCCAUCGAUUGCAGAUCUGAGCCUUGUUUGUGAGAUAAUGCAAUUGGAGAUCCUUGGCGAUGAGGUCCGUGACCGAUUUCUGGGAGCUCAUGAGAAGAUCCUCAUCUGGAUGGAUAAAGUGAGGAAAGCCACGAGCCCUCAUUUUGAGGAAGCCAACGAGCUCCUUUUCCAAGUGAAGGCACGCAUGCUGCAAAGGAAGGCUGCCGCAUCAAACCAGGCUUUUGAGCCAAGCACAAAGCUCAAAAUAGCAUCGAAGCUCUGA